CGUGGCGAAUUGAUGACGUGCACGAUGAGCGCGUGUUAGAACGCGGUAUUGGGUUAGGGCAUGACGGAAGCAGAAACAACUCCUUCAUUCGUUCGUUCUUAUCCAUCCAGUUACUACAACAAAAAAAAGAAAAAAAAAUCUUCUCUCUUUGUUUUCAUCAAUAAAUUUAUCAUCAUCAGUCAUGUCCCUUCACCGCCGAUCUUCAAUCAGUUGAUUUCUUCCUUCCUACCUUUUCAUCUUCUUAUUCAAUCGAUCGAGAUAAAAAAAAAUAUGGAGCCCAUGGAUAUUGUUGCAAAGUCAAAGGAAGAUGCUUCGCUUCCAAAAGCAACGAUGACUAAAAUUAUUAAAGAGAUGUUGCCCCCUGAUGUUCGUGUUGCAAGAGAUACCCAGGAUUUGUUGAUUGAAUGUUGUGUAGAGUUCAUAAACCUCGUCUCAUCAGAGUCAAAUGAAGUAUGUAACAGAGAAGAAAGAAGGACGAUUGCACCUGAGCAUGUAUUGAAGGCUUUAGGGGUUCUUGGAUUUGGCGAUUACAUUGAGGAAGUUUAUGCAGCAUAUGAACAGCACAAGACGGAGACAUUGCAGGACAAUGGAAAAGGUGCCAAGUGGAGUGGUGCAGCUGAGAUGACAGAAGAACAAGCAUUAGCGGAGCAGCAAAGGAUGUUUGCAGAGGCACGUGCUAGAAUGAAUGGAGGGACCAUUUCUUCCAAUCAACCCGAUGCUGACCAAAGUUUAGAAAACUAACUUUAGGGUCUUUAUUUUCUUGAAUCAUAGGCAAGCAUCUCUGACUCUUACCUAUGGGUAAUUUAGCUCGAUUUUGCACAAAACUUGUUCACUACUUUGCUGGCCUAUGUGGAUGUGCUCCCUCAUUUGUGUUCUGUUAGUGAUCCAUAUUUGUAAGUUAAUGUAAUUAAUUAAUGGAGUUCAUUCAAUCCCUUGUCUAUUUAGAAUUGUAUGUAAAUUAUUUCAUUUAGUUGUAUCUGGGACUUCUUAACAGUAUCUUCUACACUGAUAGCUCCUAGCUUAAUUUUGUAAUAGUGAAUGUAUGAAAUUGUGACAGUCUGUUAUGAUCUA